GUCUCGGUGGCAUCUGAUGACAGCCCGCCGGCCGUGACAGUUUGUCGGCCAUGACAGUGCCACCCGGAACCGGUCGCCGGUGGGGUCACGAGGGGUCGCUGACAGCUGGGGCUGAGCCGGUAUAAAGUCGGGGUCGACGGUUGGACAGCCACAGCCACUGCCGUGAGCCGGAGACACCAUGGCACGUCUGCGCUGGUUGCAGCCGCUGCUGCUGCUGGCGGUGUGGGUGGCAAUCUCUGACGCCGCUCCAGCCGCCUCGCCCGGCUGUGGUGGUGACCGUUGUCCGCGCAAACGAUGCUCGGAUCACUCGGGAGGAGGUGGCGGAUGUCCAGUUCCACCUCCUCCGCGCCUGAAUGACGACCCUUACCAACACUGCCGCUGUCGGACCAAGAGCGGGAAACGUUGCAAGCGCCGGCGCAGGUCACGCUCCAAGUCGCGGUCUAAAUCGCGGUCCAAAUCGCGGUCUAAAUCACGGUCCAAGUCGCGGUCGAGGUCGCGGUCCAAGUGUUUCUGCGAGUGUGACCGUGUGAGGAUUGUUGACCAGCAGCCGGCGCGUCCUGUCUUCGUUCCCGUUCCGGUGCCUGUGGGUACCGGUCCCUACCCUGAACCACAGGGCCCUGUCUACCCGGAGCCUCAGCACCCCCCGGUGUACCCAGAGCCUCAGCACCCCCCGGUGGUGUACGAGCCCCCUCAGCAACACAAUCCCAAGGUGUACCCCCAGCCGCGUCCCGCACCGAUCGUCCUACCCCCCACCUGUGCCGAGGUCUGUCCUGGAAGGUCGUGUUCGCUGGAUGACCACGGCAGGCCAGUCUGCCUGGAAAUCGUCGAGGAGAGAGGACGACCCAGGAGACGCUGCAAGGGGAGACGCAGGAAGUGCAAGGGAGACAGUUGCUCAUCAAGCUCGUGCUCAACCUCGUCGUCCCGGUCAAGGUCAAAGUGAAUCAGUCGGAGGUCAGAGUGAAUCACCAAUCACGAGCGAGAACGCAACAGCCCAUAUCAAGGCUGUUAUAGUUAUUGCUGGAUUGAGAGCAGCACAUUAUUCGAAAUAAAGAACAUGGCAUCCAA